CAUGGGAAAUUAAAUUAAACUGUUCUGAACGUGUUUUUCCAGAUAAGUUGUUGUCACCCUCCCCGCACAUACACGCACGCAAAGCGACAGUAUAAACCAUGGUUGUCGCUUCUUUUCGUUGUAUCGGGGGUUCCCUUUCUGGAAUUGUUGUUAGGGGCGCACACGCAUUAGGCUGUGGCAGACAAUCAUACUUUACUAUUUUCGGGAGUAGAAGAUGUGGGCAGCACAGUAGCUCCAGGAAUGAAUCUGCUGCUGGUUUCAAGUUGUUUGACUUGAGCAGUCAUAGGGCUCUGCUUAGGCUAAAUGGAAGCGACACUGGACCUUUUCUACAGGGACUGCUCACUCAUGAUAUGGACUGUUUGUUGAACAAGAGCCGAAGGUCACUUUAUGCUCACAUACUGAAUAUCCAAGGUAGAACUUUAUUUGAUGUGGUUCUGUACAGGCUGUUUGAGAGGCAAGAUGAACCCAGCAUUCUUUUGGAGUGUGACUGUACAGUAUUGGAUUCUCUUCAGAAGCAUCUUAAAACCUACAAGAUCCGAAGGAAGGUAAGUAUAAACCCAUGCACAGAUCUUUUACUAUGGGCCAUCCUACCAAGGGAUGAGGACAGAGAUGGUCUUGGUGCCAGUUUGACAGACGAGAAUGAGAUGCACAAGAACAUUGUAUUUACGCCAGAUCCCAGAACUGAGGCUAUGGGAUGGAGACUGUUGACAGAGAGAAGUAUGGAUGCACAAGAGAUUCUUCCUGGAAGUGUUGUAGAAAGUAUUAAAGAAUACCAUAAGCAUCGCUACCAGAAGGGAGUUCCUGAAGGUGUGAAAGAUCUCCCAUCUGGGGUGGCCCUACCUCUAGAAUCAAAUGUAGUUUACUUGAAUGGAAUCAGCUUUAAUAAAGGCUGCUAUAUUGGUCAGGAACUGACAGCAAGAACACAUCACACUGGUGUAAUUCGUAAGAGACUAAUGCCUAUCCAUUUCACAGGCUCUGUUCCAGAGAAUGGCAUCCCAGAAGGGUCGGACAUUUUAACUGAAUCUGGAAAAUCUGCAGGAAAGUAUAGGACUAAUGAGGAUGACGUUGGCUUAGGCUUAAUUCGUUUAGCUAAUGCCAGUGAAAACCUUCACAUAAAAACCUCAAACAAUGUUGUCAUGCAUCUGAGUGCUUCAGUUCCAGAGUGGUGGCCAAAGGAUAACUGAAAUAACAAAUGCUGACUGAUUUUUUUUUUUUUUUCACUUUUAAUUUAAUCACGAGAGGCACACAUUCGAGCUUGUUUCAUAUUUAUUUCAGUUUUUAAUGUGUUUGCGAUUAUAGCUACAUUGCCAUAGAUUUUUAUGCCAUUUUAUAUUAAUUUAAAAUAAAAUGGUGCUUUUCUGCUUCUGAA